CUCAGUCUCAAGCUCCAACCAGAACAACCACAUCCUCAGGCUGGCUGCCGCUUUGCACUUACAUUCUAUAGAGCCUACGGGAAUGGUCUUCACGCAACACGAGAUACUGCCUUACUCAGGCUUGCCACCGGAAAUAUGGAAAGAAGUGAUAGUUCAUCUAUCUAAGGCCUCUCGGCGGAUAUGCCUCUCUGUCUCGAGAAUGUUUCAUGACUUCGCCGUGCGCCUUGUCUUCUCUGAAGUGACUGUCCACUUUGGUGCCUGGGAGAAUCAUGAACACGAGGACAUCCUGCAUGGCGACGAACUAGAAGACGAACGAUCAUGCAGGUCGUUCGGCCUACUCAAUCGCAUCAUCGUGGACCCCUCCUUUGCGUCCGUAAUUAGGGACAUGGAGGUACAUGCGUUCAAGUUGGAUGGUGUGAGAGGCGCGUUCGAGAUCUGCUGUCUGGUGACUGCCAUAGGCUCCCUGCGCGAGCUGUCUUCCUUUCUGUGGCACGGAAAUGCGCCGUUACCAACUGCCGCAGUCAUCGAAUCGCUAGAACGGUCGUGUAGACAACUCCGCGCUUUGUCCGUGCCCCUGGAAUCACUCGACGCGCUGCCGUUCGAACGCCUCAGCUUCGUACGCUCUAUCAGCAUCAGUACGACAUGGCCAGACGAAGACCUGAUAACGGACCAUUCGUUGACAACCGUAAAGUGCAAGACCGUCCACGAGAAUUUGCAAAUGCUCGAGUUCCCGUUUCACUCUCCCAUGAAUGUCCCGGUCAAUUACCUACCGAAUCUCACGCAUCUAGGCCUGGUCAUCGUGUCAACGCUUGAUGGACUGGGGCCUGCUCUUCUCCAGCUCCCUCAUCUACGCUCCCUGUCCGUCUUCUCGCCCUCGCAGCAAGAAGACACGCUAUUUACUACGCUCUCGAGCCUGCGGCAGGAACUCCGUGGUCUCACCUCACUGGCGCUGCAAUGCUAUGACAGUAGCAUCCUACCGGCUCAUCAUGCGCAGAUGCUCGCCAAUUUCCUGCGGGACAGACACUUGCUGCGACGCCUCUACUGCAAUUUCGAGAUACCUCCGGAGAGCAUGAGUUUCUAUCUCGAUUCUGUCGGUACGUUGAAGAAGCUUGAGGUCUUUGACCUCCGGAUGACGAGCCAGCCGUUCACUGCCGAGUUCAUCGCGGGCCUGCUCGCUCACCUCCCCGCUGGUCUUGCCGCUAUGAAGCUGACUAGCAAGGGAUCACUAUCGGAUGCUAGCGUGUUCUCUCGGUUUUGGUCGCACUUCACUGACUUCCAGUACCUCUACAUCCGGACGUGGGCGGAGACGGACAUCAAGCCGGACGCGAUCAUCGCCGGUGCGGAAACCCUGCGGCUCAUCGGCUACAACGGUCACUUCUACGACGUUGAGCACACCAGCGGCAAGCCGACACUGUGCCUACCGUGGUCCGCGCGCAAGGUGGUCUUCCGCAAUGCGCGCGAUCUUGGGUGCGAGGGAUGGGAAUGGCUGAUGCGGCACCUCACCAUUGUGCCAUGAGUGCGCGGCGCGGACUUGGGCAGCGCAUCGCCGUGAUGGGUUGGUCUGGGGGCUAUGGAGCCGUGUGAGCUUGGUUGCUACGCGGGCACAGGGGCUGAGAGAGAAGACUUGCCUCACGUACGACAUGUUAUGCCGCCCUGUACAAUACACACUGGGAUAAUUUUUUUGCUUGUCAAUGCAUCAACACGUCGCCUAC